UGCGCCAGUGCACUUGGUCCCGACAUGCAACUAUUUGAAAUCAGCCUCUUCCCAGCAUCUUUCACUUCGCCGAAGACAGCGUUCACAUUUGCGGUGUUGGACGACUUCCUGUUGGAUAACCUGGAAUGUGGGACGUCGGCGAUGAACUACUAUAGCAAAUUAAGGUGA